UGAAGAUUGAUUGAUUGAUUGAUUGAUUGAUGGGAUCUGGUGCAUAGAAAUGUUCAGCUUGGAUCGGAUAAAUGCGACUUGAUUUGUAGGCAAGAAGCAAGUCAUCAUCUUCAAUUUCCCAUCCAAUCAUACAAGGCUGUUUCUCAUGUAAGGCGAAAAAGAAGAUAGAUGGGACUCAUGAGGCGAGGCUCUGAUAUUCACCGCUCUCACACGUGAAUAUCUGCAAAUCAUCGGGGAUUUUCUAAUUUUUUUGGAGGGGAUCCAUGGGAAUGGGAACCCACCGACAGCACUGUAACUCAAAGAGGACAAACUUAAUAUCAAGAAACGAGAAACGAGAGACAGACUCCAUAUCAAAAAGACAGCGUAGGAAUACUUUAUCGUAGAGUUUUCUUUCGACCACUGUCUUCUCUACUUUCUUCCGACUUUUCACUUCUCUUUUGUGUUACGACGACGAGGACGAGGACGAGGACGAGGACGAGAACGAGGACACGAAGACGACGAAGACGACGAAGACGACGAAGACGACGACGACAACAACGAUUUAUGAAAACAAAUCAAUUAAACAAAACAAACAAUCAAUCAAUCAAAACAAACGAUCAAUUAAACAAUCAAACAAUUGAUCAGUCGACAAUCGACAAUCGAUCAUUUUCUUUUCUUCUCUUCUUUUCUUUUCCACGUUGACUUGACAACCACGAACUUCAAUUAAAAGAUCUCGUAUCGAAUCUACAAACUCAGCUGAACGAAAAAAAAACAUUCAGUGAUCAAGAUUACUUGUGGCGUUCAUUCAAGGAUUACCCAGUGAGCAGCGGGCACAAAUAGCGGUUGAACUACUAAACAUCACUAAAAGCAAAGUCGAGAUCCGCUUGCUUCCCCCCGAUUGUUUCGUUUUGGCGCUUCUCCAGCCUCUUAAUUAAAAAUUACACUUGGGCCCGUUUUACCAUACUUUACACUUUACACCACACUUUACUACACCUUACCACACUUCACCACGGCUACACCCACUUCCUAGCUUUCUACCUAGCUAAACUUGCUAAACAAACGCAAUCUUUAAAUUUUAUCUAAAGGAGCCAGAUCUUGAACUAUCUACGUUCCGGUCCGUUCCUUAAUUCGAUUAUCUAAAGCAUCAAAAAACAAAACAAUCAACUACUGCAAAUCGCAAAACAGUGCAGAAUAAUCGAUUAUAAAACACGGAUAAGAUACAGAGGGCCAUUUCAGAUUGAAUAGGUUAUUUGCGAAAUUGGGUGAUAUAUUAUGAUAUGAUCACGACUAAUUACGAAACGAGGAGCUGAAGUUGAGAAGAAGAAGUCCCUACCUAAGGGUACGGAAUAAUGGCCGAGAAACGCGAUCGAUAUGGUGUGAGGGGAGAUCCAACAAUUGCGCCAGGAGGAAAUGGUUAUGGAACUGGAAAUGGUAUUGGAGGACGAGGAUUCAAUGGACGCGCGCCCCCAGGUCCAGGAUUUGAUGCCGAUGACAGCUCGUUUUUAGGUCGUGGAAAGGAAAGAUAUGAUUCUAUGCCCCCAAAUACACCCAUGACACCCUACACACCUUAUACACCAUAUACGCCACAUACACCUUAUACACCAAUGACUAUGGGAUAUGAUGGAGGAGAGAGCUCUCUUUCAAUCGGUACACCGAGGCAUGAUCGAUAUUAUGGCGGGGAGAGUGCGGUCGCGGGACGUCCAGCAGCAGCACCCGCAAAUGCAGGAUACCAAGGUGGAGCAAGCUCUUAUAAUGUUGGCACACCACGAAACGAACGAUACGAUGGCAGAGAAACUUAUGUCGAAAGGCGCGAUCCUAGAUUAGGAUAUCAUCCUGCUGAAAGUACUAUUUCUGCUGACACGCCGCGAACUGGUCGAUUCGAUCCAGCUAUGGAAAGUUCUAUCGCGCAUCCCGAUACGCCACGUACCGCUCAUUAUGACACAACUGCAACUACUAUGUCAGUGGACCCAUCACGAACAGGAACAUAUGAUAAAGAUAAUACAACCACGGCAGCACCAUAUUAUGAUCCGGCACAAGCACGAGAACGUGAGCGACAAAUGAUGGAACGGGAGAAGUUCGAGCGAGAGGGAGGAAUGCACGGAUCGCCAGGAAUGGAGCACGGCCCACCACGUAUAGAUUAUUUGAGUACAUCUGGUUCAUCUACUUCAUCAUACCUCGAUAUUUCUCGUAAUUAUCCUACCAAUUAUCCUACCAAAGGUUUUAGCUUCAGGUCCUUCUUCACAACGCCAUCUGAGAAGUCCGAUUCAAAAAAGAAGAAGGAGAAGAAGAAAAGUAAGAAGCUCACGAAACACAAUAGCUCAUCAAGUUCCUCCUUGAAUGAAGAUCUAGCUUUCGGAACUGGAUUUUUGAGAUACAGAAGGAAGAGGAGUGUGAGAGCUAGGGAUGGAAGGGACAGGCAAUGGGAGACCGUUGGAUAUAGGAGUAGCAAGGAAAAUCUGAGAGAUACUCGACCUGCCACAAAUGAGAGACCCACAAGCGGGAAACGACUAGCUACCGAUGCUGAAAUUUUGGCAGUAGGUGCUGGACUGGCUAAGCUUGCAAGAGACCAUAUCAAAAAGGAGAGGAUUGGCAAGAAUGGGCGUGGUGUUCGUGAAAGUACCAGUUCCUCUCGUCGAAGAGCCAGUCGUGAAACCGACCAUAAUAACGAUGAUGACGCAUGGGAAUCGGCCUCUGAUGACGAAUCAGACUCAAGUGUUGAUGCUGGUUUGGCGUUCGGAGGUGGUAGUAAUGUCAGCAAGAGUAAGAGUGGCUUUUUCGGACGCAAGAGAGUGCAUGGACCAAAGAGCCGAAAGAGUAGCGUUGUCGACCCAAGACUUCUUGGACCAGUGAAUUCCCUCAAUGGAUAUCUAUCAGAUAGGCAGGUCGGCUUUGAAGACGUGCAAUGGGAGUCGGGCAGUGACUUCGGGCAGCAAACUUACACCCCUUGUAGCCAUCCAGACAGGUAUGUGCAUGAGGUGUACGUACAUGAAGAAAGGAUCCGGAUAAGCCGGACUCAAAGUGGUGGAAGUGGUUCUCAGACCCCUCUGCAACAAGUCUUCCCAGUUCCUACCGAUGAUCCUUCCCGAUUCGACGCAGCGCGAGCGUCUUCAUCCGAAUAUAACAUUCCUAGGUCAGCACCAGUUCCUCUUCAACAACCUCAACCCAUCACUCCGGUCUCUCAGAGCGUUUAUCAUGAGCCUAGCUAUGUUCGUUCCGAGUCUGGCGGUAUCUUAAAGAAUUCUUCCGCUAGACCUAAAUCUCUCGCUGGAGCAGCCUUUGCUGGAGUUGCUGCCGCUGCUUUCGGAGCUGUGAUUGCUCGUCGAGAUGAAAAAGAGAACUCUCGGGAGGAUGACAGAAGAGAUAACCGAAGUUAUAGUGAAAGUGCUAUCAGUAGACAAGAUGAAUAUCGUAGAGAAAGACGCGAGGAUCAUUACUCAAUUGCUGAUAGCAGCAUCUCCAAACCUCGGGAUGACGAUCGAAAAGAACGCCGUCGCGACUAUGAUCAAUCUUCUAUUGCUGAUAGUAAUCUCACGUGGGACGAAAAGCGAGAAAAACGUCGCGAGGAACGAAGAAAAGAUGAUUCCAGAAGCUCAACAUCUAAUUCCGAUCGUGAUAGGAAUCGAGAAAGGACUCGUGAUGAUCCUGAUGCAGCCGCAGAGGAGCGAGAGAGAAGAAGAAGAGAGAGACGUGAAGAGCGACGUGCCCCUGACCGUAUUGAAGACAACUAUGAAGAACGACGAACCCACGUACUCUCGGAAAUAUCUGCAAUUGCUCGAACCCCCGCAGACCCAUUCCAAUAUCAGCUUACAGACUCACCUACCCGCGAGGAAAGCUCCAACCGCCAAUCUAAGGAACAAUCUACACCAAGUAUCGUUACAAUUGCACGCGAACCAGAUUUUAGCUCAAAACAAAGCUCGUCUAUCAAAGACCCAUCUCCUGCCUCCCGUUCUGAACCACCUAUUGACGUUUCUGACGAUGAUGAUCGGGAGCAACAACGCAGGGACAAGGUUAAAGCUCUUCAUGAUGCCGAACACUCUACAGCUCCUAUUGAAGCAGCAGCCAUAUUAGCUGCCGCUACUGUUGUGAUCAGGGAAAGCUCCCGAGAAUCAAUAUCAUACAUACGAGGCAGCGAGAGACGAACCGACUCCGAGGGUGUACCAAAAGACGAAGUAUCAACUAAUGGCCCUGGAAAGUCACGCGAUGAAGUUAUGGAAGAAGCAGAUAGAGCUUACCGUGAGAUCGUCAUGGCCAGGAAAGUUGCUGCGGAAGUUCGCCGUUCUCGAACUCCAUCACCUGAGCGUUCCAUCAUGGACAAAUACGAGGAAGAGCCAGAGGAAGAACCACCGCGCAUCGUUACUCCUCCGGGCAUGCAUGAACGGAAGAAAGGUCCAUAUGAUGCACCAAAUGCUGACUUCAAGCUGGAUUUUAUCAUGACACCUAAAGAUUUCAAGGUCUACAGUAUCCCGAGCAGACGAUACAAGGUUGACGAAGCAGAUUUGAAGGGUCCAUUUAUGACGAAAGAUGCGGAUGCUAAAUUAAGGCGGCCUCUCUUGAAUCUGGUCGUACCUACUCCUACUUCAACACCAUCACCGGAAAAACAGUUUGUAACCGCCGUCAAGAAUGGAAAUGGGAACAGGAAGACUGACAGCUCUAGUCGGUCGCAUGAUCGCUCAAAUGAGAGACGCCGUUCCGAACCUCAACCUGAACCUCAACCUGAACCUGCGCGUGAACCUGAGCCUGAACCUGAGCCUGAACGUUAUUCGAAACCUACGGUUGAGGAUGAAGAACGUGAACAAGUUGCUACGCGAUCGCAAAAUGAGCCAACUCAACCCCGAGCUGAGUACCGGGAUCGCGAACAGACCCAAUCAUAUUCAUUGGUAAAUGAAUCUACGGAUAGGACUCAAACCCGCGAACAGAUGUCAUCAUAUUCGUUGGUAGACGACCCUAGGGAUAGAGAUCAUGAUCUUGAACAAGCCCAAUCAUAUCAGUUGAAAGAUGAGCCUAGGGUCACAAUUCUGGAUCGUGAGCAAGCUGAAUCAUAUUCAUUGGUAGAUGAGCCUAGGGAUAGAGAUCAUGAUCGUGAACAAGCCCAAUCAUAUCAGUUGAAAGAUGAGCCUAGGGUCACAAUUCUGGAUCGUGAACAAGCUGAAUCAUAUUCAUUGGUAGAUGAGCCUAGGGAUAGAGAUCAUGAUCGUGAACAAGCCCAAUCAUAUCAGUUGAAAGAUGAGCCUAGGGUCACAAUUCUGGAUCGUGAACAAGCUCAAUCAUAUGGGUUGGAAGAUGAACCUAGGGAUAGGAAUCAAACCCUCGAACAGAUCCCAUCAUAUCCAUCGGAAGAUGAACCGCGUGAUCAAGAUCGUCGAAAGCGCAACAUAAGAGAUAUACCUCCUAUUGUUGUUGCUCCAAGAUUAGACCUCGUUCGCUCAUCUGAAGUUUCCGUUCCAUCCCCCACUCAGUCAACCGUCUCAAAAGCUGUUACCUGGGGUCCAAACGAGACCAAGCACUUCGAGGUUGAAAGUCCGACUGAGCCAAGAGAUGAAUUUAUCUCUGAUUCAUUUAUCUCUGAUUCAUCGCCAGAAACUCCUGAGAAGCCAAGAUAUUCGGAGCCAAGGUCCGAGCCGGAGUCUGAACCAAAAUCUCCAGGUGGAUGGGCUGCAAUGGCGGCGGGUAUUAUCGGUGCAGGUGCAGCAGUAGAAAGCCCGAUUGGGUCUCCUAGACGACCCGAGGUAAGUGAACUUGCUAGAAUUUUGAAAGCCAGGGAGAAGGAGCGUAACGAGAGGGCUUAUGAGUACCGAGGCGUGAUGGUAGAGCCCGAGAGUCCAUACGGAGAGCCGAGGCGGGAAAGUCCACCCAGGGAUAUGAGAAGAGACAGCCUGCCUCAUGGAGUGACUGUCGAGCCUGAAAAUUAUCGUGCAGAGUCGAGACGAGAGAGUCCUCCUCGAGAUGCCAGAAGAGAAAGUCUACCAGAGAAUAUGAGAAGGGACAGUCCACCUCGGGAUACUGGAAGUCAAUAUUACCCGCAAGCAACCAGAAGAGAUAGCCCACCUAGUGUUGGCCCCAAACCUGCCUCGCUACAAUCUUCACAUAUGCCUGGCUCUUUUGACGACGAUUUGGAUUUCACUGCAACAGUUGCAGCUGGUUUGCAAGAUACUGGCUUCGAUCCUGAUCUUGUUAUUGAGGAUCCUGCGUUCCGAAAACGUGACUCCCCACCUGGCUCUAAUGAAUAUGCAUACAAAGCACCACGGGCAGAGUCCAUUACCGACCUUGCAAGCACCACUGGUGAGGAGUCCUCAAAUCGUGGGUUUGUCAUGGGUGAAGUACCAGAAACCCCAAAGGAUUGGUCGAGUGUAUCGCCUGCCAACGAUGAAUCUUCAAGGCUCGCUAGGAAAGAACAGAAAAAACGCGAUAAAGAACGAAGACGAAGUGGUGGUGAUGUAUAUUCACCAAUGACAGAUGUCAUCGUUGAAGAACCAGAAAGCUAUUUUGAUUCUUCUAGGCAGAGCAGAAAGGAACAAAAGAAACGUGACAAGGAGGAAGCAAGAAGACAGUCACUUCUGAGGGAAGAAUCUUCAUUUGUUGAUAUCUCGCCAGAUGGCGAAUUCGUUGAAGAGCCGGAAAGCUACAUCGAGCCUGUUGAUACUCCUGAGAAGUCUAAAAAGCCAUCACGAUCAUCGACAUACGAUAAUGAUGACUUUGAUCCAUCUGUUUCAACACCGAAAAGGAGAUCCAGCAAGCGCUCUUUAACUUACGAUGGUAAAGUCGAAUCUUCGUUGCGUGAAAGCCACAGGUCAUCAUUGCGUGAAAGUCACAGGAGCUAUUCUUUAGAUGAUGUCAAAAAUGGCGACGAAUCAAAAAUACCAAGAAAGUCGAAGGAUAGAUCGCAAAGCAGGACCGAUUCUUCUGAUCCUUCACAAGUCCCAUUACCAAGUUCUGAAAGUAGUCGCGAAGAUCUUGACCUAUCAAGAGAGCUAGAAAGAUCAUCACGUCGUGAAGGUGAUCUCAUGUGGGCUUCAUCUCGUUCAAUACUAUCCGCCGAUAGCAGCUCAAAGUUUGACGAAGAAGAUUCGCCACAAAAGAGCCGAAAAGACCGCAGCGGCAUUAAAGACGACAAUGACAGUGCAAGAUUAGCUGCUUCGGAACCCACUCGCAAUGAAAACGAAGAUCCAAAGAAGAAGGCAAAGGAAACAGCGCCGCGGAAAGUUGGUGGAUUAUUUGGUUUCUUCAGUGGUUCUAGGGGGGAUACAGCAAAAGAGGAGCCAGCGAAAGGUACUCGCGACGACGCUGACGAGGCAAAAAAAGAAAAACGUAGUUCAACAUCGGAUGGAAUAACUGGAAGUCAACCUUUCGGUGAUUUAACCCAAGUGGCGUCGAAUGAAACAAAUAGCCAAAGGUCACGCGGUGAGGAUGGUGAGCAAGAAUUUAGGAAUGAUGGAGAGAAGAAGAGGAGUAAAAGCUCAGAUUCUAAGAAGGGUUCUUUUUUAGAUAAUGCCGGCAUCCUUGGCGCGGGUGCCGGCCUUGCUGCUGGUGCAAUUGCAAUUUCUGCUCAGCAUCAACAGCAAAAUGCCGCUAAUAAUAAUGAUAGCGAGGGGACUACGGGGGCUAUGGGGAGUAUGGGAAAGGGAGGAGAGCAGGAAAUGGAGGAAGAGAUACUGGAUCCAGAGAUUAUCGAACGACAAAUCAGACCCUCAAUUGACCCUCAAUAUGGAGAUCUUUUACCAUUACCGCCAAGUGGUCCAGUUUCACCUAAUUUUGAACCAAUUGAUGAUCUGCCCAAACUUCCUGAAAGUCGACCUGGAACCCCGGAGUCUGAGAAACGUACUGUAGGUACACCAAGGGAGAAGACCCCGCGAAACCGUAAGAGCUUGCAGGAGACACCGGUAAAAUCUCCAAGCCAAAGUGCCGUGCCCUUAAAAUUCGUCAUGGGAAAUAGAUCCAAUCCGGCAUCACCCAUCAUGACGAGAUCAACUGGUAAUACCCCCUUUCCGGCUUUCCAAUUUGCUCCAAUUCCAGAAUCAGCCAUAAUUCCAAGAUCUAGAUCUAGGCCUAUGUCAUGGGACAACACCAAGGAAUUCCAACCCCUGUAUUUAUUAGAGACUAACAAACGUGGGUCUUUUGUACCAGAAGAGUUAGUUGAGCCGCUCCCACAUUUACCACCGUCCCGCACCAAUUCCGAGCUUGACGUGGCGGAUCUACCCGAAUCGGGCUUCUUGGAAGAAUUGGACCUUCACCGCCCUUCUCUGGACCCACUUUCAACCAACCUCCCCUCCGAUGAUCUCGCCUCCGGAGAAUCCACACCGACUACGAUAACCUUUAGGAAAAACUUAGCGCCAUCAGUGGAGUUUCUUCGAGAUUCUUUUCCCUCAUUAGAAGAAACGCAAAAUUUAUCUUCCGAUGUUCACUCUCGUGAACAGUCUCCAUCUAAAUCAGCAACUCAAGCCAUUGGAGUCGCAGCAAUUGCAACUGCAGCUGGCCUUGCGACUGCAUCUCAUGAUACAAGCAAUGAACAGGAACCAGAAUCUUUUCAUCAGAUCCAGGACAAGAGUGGAGACAAUAGUUCAGAGUCAUUCGAAUCACAUGACAUAGCUGCUACACGAGAGAAGUCAUUACAAACCUUAAGUGAAACUUCAAACAAACAAGACAUGAGUUUUGAAGAGGAACUCAAACCCACUGAAGAAUUUCCUUUGUUCGAACCCAGGAAGAAUGAAAAUAUUGGAGAAGGUUUGCCUCUAGCAUCAGAUGACAUCAAUGAUCAAGCUGAGAAUAUUUGGGAGCCCAUUCAAGAACUUGAGCUAGACUCCAGUCCACUUGAGGCCGAAAAUUCCGAGCCCGUAGAUGAAGUCUCUAUUCCAAAGUCCAAAGAGAAGAAGGGUAAGAAGGGGGAGGCUGAAUCUUUAGGGACGGAACCGGACCCGAAACCGGAAAUCCAAACCAUAACCCCAGGCCAAGAGGAUACACAAGAACUGAACCUCGACCAUGCUUCAAGUGAACAACAUAACGUGACCGAACUAGGCCAAGAUAUUUUCGAAGAGGUAGCUACUCCUGUUGAUGUUGAUCCACUUGGAUUUCCGACGGAAUUCAAGAAUGAGAAUACAAACGAGGAAACGGACAAAAUUGACCUAUCUUCCGAGCCUGAAUUUGAAAUGGAAACUGUGGACAGCAUAGAACCUUCUGAACCCAUGGAUAAAUCCCCUCUAGAUGACAUGCCAGAUGACCACCAACAACAGCAAGUGCCGCAGUCUAGUCAAGAAAUUGUGCAAGAACCUCUGCCUUGGGUCGAGCAUGGCUCGGUUGAGGAAUCCUCUAUUUUCAAGUCAGAGACGGACAAGGAGGACGCAGGAAAUAUCACUUCUGAGAUGGAAGAACUCUACUCUGAGUCAGUGGUUGAAAAUACCAUUGAGAUGCCCAUACAAGAACGAUCACGCGAGGAAUCCCCAGAGCUUCAUCGCGACAUUUCAGAGCCAUCUUCUCCCCUGAUUAACCCGAAUUCACCAACCAUCAGUGACUCUACACUGCCUGAGACACCGGGUGAUAUCACGCCCAUAGUUGAUGUAUUUGCUAGUUCUAAAUCGAACCGAGACGAGGAAAAGGCCAUGAAAGCGAGAUUAAACUCUCUUCACCCAGAGCAGGAAGAACUUGUAAUCGAGCCUAGACACAAUCAACCUGCCGUUUCUCAAAUUCAAGAGGAUACUCCUGUAGAUUUAUCUCAAGAUCCAGUUGAAGAAAGCAUUGCAGACCCUGCUACGCCCGCCGACGUCAAUCCCGUGGAAGAGUUCUUAACUAUGCAGCCCAAAGAAGACAAAGAGGAUAAGGAACAGACUAAGCAGGAACAAACUACAGAUGUUGAGCAGAAAAUUUCUCCGGUUGAUACUAUUCAAGAGCAAGAGCAACUCCCCGAAGUGCAAGAAGAUGAUGUUGUGGAAAAACCAGUGCUCGAAGACACACCAAAGCUCGAUGACAUUCCUGGAGGUUUUGCCCCGGCUUCGCCCAAGCAGAAUGAAGAUGAGAGCGAAAAGAGUAAGGCUGCAGAUUUGGAACAACCCGUGGAAUCACCAAUACCUAGUCUUAUACCAGAGCGGUUGUCGGAAAAGCCAACACCAAUGAUUGGUCCCGGUGGUUGGCCAGCAACUCCCGAGAGUGUAUCCGAAAAUCCAACACCGGUGACUGGUCCUAAUGGUUCGCCAGAAACUCCCACUGCACCCCGGACCGACACCACAAAAGAAACUUCUAAAUCGAACGUCAAUAACCACCUGCCAUCUGCUGAACCUAUAAUUCCAGUUGUUCCUGCUGUAACUGCUGCACUCAGCGCUGCACAACUAAAAUCCGACGAAAUUUCUCAGGAAAAAGUUGGGCCUGAUGGUCUUACUUCCGGGUAUUCCAAGGAUCAACUGAGUCCUGAGGAACAAUUGCAAGAGGAAUCUGAAGUAGAUAUCAUGACAGAGGAUACUCCUAAAGACCUUGUUGAAGAUGUUACCAAACUUGAUGAACUUCCGGGCGGCUAUCAAGAAGAUGAGCUAGCCCCAGCUCGCCAAUUACCUGCAGAAUUAGUAGAGGAAUCUCAAGAGGAAAAGGAACGGCAUGGUGCUCCUCAAACACCACAAGACGAACAAGCACAGUUCUUCGAUGAAUUAGGGCAAACUCCUGGGGCUGAGCCUCAAAACGAGGAAGAAUCAAUCAUCACUGAUUCCGAAACUCCGAAUGGACUUGAUGCUGGAUCCCAAGAGGACGAACUGACACUUGUUGAACAAUCAGAACAGGAUUUCGAAUCGAUUACUGGUAAGGAGAAGGAGCAUGUAAAUCAAAAUGAAGAUGGUCAAUUGCCUUCUGACAUCAAGCCAUCGGAUAAUGCUAUCAAAGAAUUGAACGAGCAAACAGAUAUGCCUGUCUCUCAGCCGGAGAUCAUCGAAGAUUUGACCAACAAACCUGUACUUGAAGAGCCCAAGGAGAUUGAUACAACUGACGAGAAACAGCAGAUACUCGAUGAAAGCGCUCCUGUUGAUGACAUCAUUAAUGAACCGACUGUAUUGGAAGAGACACCGUCAAUUACGCAGGAGCAAGAGAAGAUCGAAAACGUACAUUUCGAUCCCGUCAUUGCAGAGCCAGGAAUUCCUGACAAGACGCUCGUUGAUCCGAUUAUUACAACUCCAGAAGCUGAGGCCUUGACACCAAGCAAGAAGUCCGAGGAACAAACAAAAGGUGACAGUUUACCAUCAUCCGAUUUUCCCGAAGAAAUCAUGGAACCCGAAAUUGUGGAGGGAAUGAAGCCUAUCGAUGUCCCUGACCAACAAACUUCCGAGGAUUCUUCUAUCCUCAUCGAUCCUGAAGCCGAAUUUGCUACUCCUGACAAGAACCAAGAUAAUAUGAUUGAGCCGACGCAUGUCGAGGACGCUUCUCUAUCCCCGACUGUAGAUGAAGUUAAGAAUGGUGAAGCCAACAUAGAAACAGCAAAGGCUGCUGAUAUUCAGCAAGAAAUCGCUGUCACGCUUGAAGAACCUUCUACUGUGAACCGUGGGAUUGAGUUCUCCGCACCUCCCAAGAGAUCUAAGAAAGAUAAAAAUCAACGUGGCAAGCAAGAGCAAGAUUCAAUUGAAGAUGAUAUCGUGCCCAGAGACAUUACACCUGCUGAUGAGUCGUCCAACACUGAGCCUCCGGCUGAGCAGCCAAACAACGCACCUGUCGAACAAAUCAUCACUAUUCCCGCCAAAGGGUUAGCUCCUUAUGACGUGCCAGCUGCACCAAUGACAGCAGGGCUUUCUGGUCUUAUGGGUCCAUUGACAGGAAGAAGGUUGGGUGUUGUGGAAAUGGUUCAAGCUUUGGGAUGGGGAAAAAGGAAGGAUAAUGCUGCUAUAGCUGCAGCUGAGCAAGGACUUCCUCCAAGACCAUCUACAGCACGCCCCGCAUCUGGAUCUUAUAUGUCUGAAACACACGGUUUUCCCGACUUUUCUAUGCUAAACGCCGUUGAGGACGAACCUACCACAACACUAACGCCUACUUCAAAACUUAGGGAAUGGGCUUUGCCAGACAAGGACUCGGAGGAGAUGUCGGAGAAGGGCGAGAACAUCGUAAGCCCAGAGACUGAGCCAAUUCCAAGUAUAGUCGUUGAGGAAGAACCUCUAUCCACUAAACCCAAAAAAGACACGGUCGAAAAAUUCAUGGAAUCACGAGCCACAGAACCGAACGAGGAUUUACAAGGCGACCAAUUAUUUGAAAGACGCCCGGGCAGGAGACGUCGCAGCAUAUUAUCUUACCUACCGGAAGAAGCGUUCAAAGCAAUGAGAGGAGAAUUUGUCAUAAGCGAACCAAAAACUCCAUCCCUGACAGUGGACCGCGUUUUCAUCGAGCAAUCCCGUGAAAUCACUUCUGAACCAAUUUUCGAUAAGCCCGUUCAAGAAGAGAAGGGAUCUGAAUCUGUUCUCGAGGUCUCGAGCAAGCAAUCGACAAAGGGUAACGAGGAGCAUCAAAUUUUGCAAUCUUCGGUGUCGGAAGACAUGCCAAAGGAAGAGGUUGUUGAUGCGUCUAAAGAUGCUGCUACUGAGGAACCUAAGAUUCAAACACCAGAAAAUCAUGAGCUCUUUGUUGAACACAGUCAUGAGCCCUUGGAGAUCCCGCAUGAACCUGUUUCGGAAGAUUUUGAAGCCGCUGAGGUGCCAUCUGAGGAUGCUUCGGAGGCAAUCGUUGACAAAUCUAGCGAUCCUAAGAAAUUACAUCGUGAGGUUGCCCAAGAGGACGGUUCUGUGCCACAGCCACAGACUGAGCAAAUCCUUGAGCCAAUGGUUGAGGAGCCUAGCGAACCUUCGAAAUUUAAUGGUGCGACUGAUGCGACCGACCAGGAGAAUCCUUCCAUGUCGGAACCAAUUCUUGGAAGAUCAAGUGAGCUCACUGAGACGCCUCGCGAUUUCAGUCAAGAGGAUGUGUUUGCGCCACAAAAAUCAAUUGGGCAUGUUCUCGAGCCAAGUGCAACUGGCAAUGAGUCUUCUUUGCCAACAGAAUCCAUUUUCGACGAAGUUACAAAGAAUGUCGAGAUUUCUGAACCAAGUCAUAUUGAUGAAUCCUCCUUGCCGGAAAAAACAAUCCCAGACGAUAUCAUGGCAUCUGUUGAGUAUUUGGAGCCUAAUACAGACCUUCAAGAUACUUACUUGACGAGAGAACCACUUUCUGGGAAGUCUGACAACAAUAUUGAGUCUGUCAUGCCAAAUACCGUUGAUGACUCUCCCUUGUCAGGACAAAUUACCCCACAGGACUCAAUAAACAUGGAAAUAUCUGAGCCAAUCUACACUGCUGAAGGGGACUUUUUACCUACAGAAUCUGCAACGCAUACCGACACAGCCCAGCCAGAAUCAAGCGAGAUCCUCAAUGCCGAAGAAAGUGAGACUGAACACAAACCGGUUUUACGUGGUUCGAACACGUCCAGGAAGAGCAAGGAAGACAAAUUCGGGUCAGAGCCUGAGGUAUCAACCGAAGUCACUCAGGAGCCUGAACAACCCAUUCUUGCCGAGGAACCAAUCUCAGAGGAGCCUCUUGAAGCCACGCAAUCCAUUGAUCGUGAAAUCUUUGAGCAGCCUGUUGAGAAGUCGAUCGAAUCGAGUGAACCAGAAAUCCGCGACUACUUAGAUCCUGCUUCAGUGCCACUUCCGGAAGACCCUGUCACUGUGUCCACUGAAUUUAACGAGCCUGCUUUGAUACCACUCCCCGAAGAAUCUUUCAAUGACUUCGUUGAACUUAGUAAUCCUGCUUCGGUGCCACUCCCGGAGGAGUCAUUCGACGAAUAUACUGAAGUGAAUGAGCCUAUUUCCAUACCACUUCCGGAAGAUCCUAUCAAUAAGUUUAAUGAAUUUAACGAGGCUAUUUUGGUGCCACUGCCGGAAGACCCAUUCGAGGAAUAUAUUGAAGUUGAUGGGCCUUCUUUUAUACCACUCCCGGAAGACUCUUUGAAUGAAUUUAUUGAAAUUACUGAGCCCGCUUCAGUGCCACUCCCGGAAGAUUCUUUCGACAUGUUUGCUGAACUUAACGAGCCUGCUUUAAUGGCACCACAGAAAAUCAUCAUCAACCAGUCCGUUACUGGACCUGCUUCAAUACCACUUCCGGAAGACUCCGUCGAUGAGUUCAUUGAACUUGAUGAACCUACAAACUCCGACGUUCCAAAGCCAUAUGUUAAGCAUAGUAGUUCGAAUUCAUUCCCCAGGAAAUAUAUCGUCAAUCCAGAGGUCAGGGAGCCUAAAAUUCGUGAGAACUUGGACGACUUAGAGCAUGCUGCAUCGAUCCCACUCCCGGAGGAUACUGCGGAGCAGACGAUGGAAAGGCCUUCUGAUGUUAAAGUGCCUGCAAACGGGGAAUUAUCAGACUUCUCAGGACCGCUUUCACCAGUCUUUGCACCAGUGCUCUUGCCCGGAGAGUCUCUUCCGUCAAAACCAUAUGCCAAGACGGGAAUCAGAGCUGCCGAACUCGAAUCGGAGGAAGUGCCAUUAAUUUCAGACGUCCCGAUUUCUGAACCUUUCAAUGAAACAACCUUCAACAAGCCACAAGAAAGUGAGGUUAUUCCGGCGGAGCCAAGCCAAGAGACGGAACAGACGCCUGUUGAAUCGACCACGGAACUCAUCGUAACUCCAAGAAAUAUAGAGACAAAUGAGGCUAUUUCUAAAGACAAAUUUGUUGAGCCAGCCGGUGACUUUUCGAUGGAAGCGUAUGACGAAGAUGAGAAGAAACCAAAGUCGGAAGUCGCGAUGCCAUCAGCUGAAGACAUUAGUACCCAAACUUCCAUGAAGUCUUCAUCAAGUCACGAUGCUGAUGAAAUGCCACCUCAAGCUAAUGCACAGGAUUCCAUGCAAUCAGUUCCGGAGAACCAGCAAACAAGCGAUGAAAAUACCAUUCUUCUCACAUUGAAAGAAGUUGAUGCUAAGCAAGAUAAUAAUUCCGAAGCUGCUUUAAAGCCCUCUCUCGAAAGCCAAGAGGACAUCGAAUCUGCCUCUUCCCAGCCGAUUGUUCAACCUCCAGCAGAGGAACUUCAUCGUAAUAUAACAAAUGAAGAGACUACAAAUACCAAGGCCGAGCCGAUUAUAUACCAAGAACAGACAUUCGAGCCUAGACUAGCAAAAGAGGACUCCAAACCCUUUGAGGAGCCAGUUAUUGGGUCAAUGCUAUCACAACCACAGACGGGUAUCCUUCAGGAACCAGUUUUUGAGUCCGAAAAUGUAAGGGAAGAAGCUCCUGUGCUACAGGAAUUAAUUGCACCACAAAAUCCAUCAAUUGAGUUGAGAAUUACCAACGAGGAGCCAAUCCCUUCAUCCCUUCCAAUUAUGGAGCCAGAUAUUGAGACAGAAGAGGCUGCCGUACCUCUGAAAUCAACUAUUGAGUCAAAUACCAAUGAUCAGGAGCCAUUUCCCUCAUGGGACCCGAUUACUGAGCCGGAGAUCAUGAGAGAGGAACUUUUAAUUCCCGAGGAAUCAACAUUUGAGUCGAAAGAAGAAAGCUUUGUACCCCAAGAAUCACGAAUCAAUGAGGAAGAGCCAACUUUGCAACAAGAGCUAGAAAUUGAAUCAAAAGUCUCCGAUCGUCCAGUCAGUCUUGUACAAGGCUCGGCGACUGGGCCAAUACUCUGGGAAGAACAACCUGUUAUCCGAAAGCCAGUCAUUGAGGUUAAUAACCCCAAGCCAGAAGAAAUCGCCUUGCCAGAAUCGCCAACUGAGUCGAAAUCAUUUGAGCCAGAGAUGACAUUGCCACAAGGGUCUGUAGUCCCAAUCGUUCAAGAACGUGCAAUUGAUCCCCAAAGGCCAUAUCUUAAAUUAGAUGUUCCACAAGUAGUAUCACUUGAACAGGAUGGUGUUGCACCGGAACGUAUUCCUCUGCCAGGAUCACUAAUCGAACAGGAGGUCUUUAGACCGGAACAUAUUCCUUUGCCAGAGUCACCAAUUGAACAGAGUGUUGUUGAGCCUGAACGUAUUCCUCUGUCAGGGUCACCAAUCGAACAGGAGGUUUUUGAACCGGAACAUAUUCCUUUGCCAGAGUCACCAAUUGAACAGAGUGUUGUUGAGCCUGAACAGAUUCCUUUGCCAAAAUCACCAAUUUACCGGGAAUUGUCUGAACUAGAAAUCCCGUUUCAACGAGAGCCGGUUUACGAUUCACACAUUUUUGAAGAACCAAUGCUGACUCAGGAGCGCUUAAUCGAACCGGAAAUGUCAAGUCUUGAACCAGUGAUUCCUCGAGAAUUACUCCUUGAACACAAACUCCCCGAGCCAGAACAGAUCCCCUUGCCAGAAUCACCACUUCACCAAGAAACUUUUGGACUAGAAGCCCUUUUUCGACAGGAGCCUGGAGCAGAACCCUUCAUUUCAGACGUUAUGAAGCCCAUGCAAGACGAACCUUCGAACGAAAGUCAUUCUACUAUGACUGAAACAAGAGAAAAUGAAUGGGCCUGGCCUGCCGAGGAGUCGAAAGAAGAAAAGAAUGGUGAGAAUGUCGCUACAUCAACAAAAAAGCCAUUUGAUGUUGCGCAUCAAUCAGAGAACCUUGGAAAUGCGCCACUCGAAAUAACAGAGCCUCUGUCUGCGAGAGACGAUGCAAAAGAACCUGUACAAGAGGUUUCAGCAGAGCCUGAUGAAGAGUCUUUUUUUGACGUUGUAGAAUAUUUCACAAAAGAAGAGAUUAAAACGCAUCUAGCCCCUCGGAUUUCACAAGAGCAGGAUGUAGUCCCUAGUUUAAAAGAGUUUAUGCUGCAUGAGUACAAGGCGGUACCCGCCGAUGAGUUAGAGAAAGUAGAUUUACCACCAGAGAUGCUAAUUGAGGAGCGCGCACAAGGGGAGCACAGACCAUCAGAAGAUGAUGUCACUGGAGUCUUGACCAAGAAUUCCAAGGACAUAAAUGAUCGUGAGUUUGGAUUUUCUUCACCGGUACAGUUUAUCCCCAAAGACACCCAAUUAGGAGUACCGGAUGUUGAGGACCUAGUACCUACAGAGAUAAUAGUCGAUAAAUUCAAGGCCAAGCCAACUGAAGAAAUGCCAAAGGAAGUUCAACAACAAACCAAGGGCGAAUGGGGUCCGGUUUCUACUAAGAAAUCGGAGUGGGACAUGAAGAAACAUGAGUCUUCUUUGUCCACCCCGUUGGAGCCCGAGGUUCCCAAUGUUGCUACUGAGCUUCCUGAGGAUACCCCUUCAAACUCUGGAAAGCCUGGAGGGCUGCUACCAACUGUUGACGAUGUAUCUGAUACUCAUACGUCUUUCCAGAUUCCACAGGUUGAAACACUCGUUCGCGCGGAUGAUAAUUUCGGUACCUCGCCCGAUAAGAAAUGGAAAGAAAUUCCAAGCAGAGAACUUGACAUAGAGUCACGACCCUUGGCCGUACCCAAUACUGACACAACAUCCGAAACCCAAGACGUUAAACCCGCCGAUCGUUUCCUCGCCUCCCCUAUUCCAAUGAGAGAUAUCGUGCAAGCGUUCAAACCUAUUGCGGAGCCAAAGAUAAUUUUACCCAUCACCUCGUCCUCUCCAUCCAAGCCGAUUAGCGAUGAGCCAUACAAUAUCUCCGCUGAUUUAUCACAAAUUGGUUCAAAGAAAGACAAGAGAAAACGUCAAGCAACGCUAAACCUGGAGACACCUAAAGAUGAUCGGAGUAUCUUUUGGGCAGAUGAAGUUCCGGAAGCGGAAGUUGUCAGGGCUGUUCCUGUCAUUGAAGAUAUUGGACGAGAUGAGUUCUAUUCCCAUAUUGCCAGUACGGUCAAAAAACCACAGACGAAUGAAUUCUCUAGACCACCAGCCAAGAAAGGAAAGAAAAAUACAAAUAGAGAAUCGUUUAAUGUCGAGGAUUUUCGACUACUAAUAGGAGCAGAUCUACAGAAAAUCGAGCCAAUGAAGGAACGCAAAGAAAUGCUUUAUGUGGUACCUGCAUCCGCGGCGAUUGCUAAUGCAGAGGUCUUGGUUGGCGGGAGCAAGGAACCAGAAGUUGAGCCUGUCAGGGAAGAGGAAAACCAGCCAAUGCAAGCGUUACUCGACAAUGGAGAGAAGAGACAAGAUAUGGAUAAGGGAAGGCCAAGUGACGACAUAUUUGAUCAUUCAGGAUUGGACGACAAAGACCGGAAUACGUCUGAAGAGACAAAGGAUGGGUUUGGACAGCCCAUUAGUAAUGGAUUUCGGGAGGAACAUACCAUUUUGCAAGGACCAGAGCAGAUUGAAAAAAUACAGGAACCGAUGAUUGAACAGCAUGGAGAAUCAGAAUCCCAAGAGGUUAGAACGCCCACACCCCGCAUUCCUGUUUUGACUAAUGCAGAGUUUGUUCAGGAGCCAGAACAAACGGAAAGGACACAAGAACUUAUGAUUGAAGGUCCUGGCAAAUCUGCAAUAGUGGAGGCUCGAGAGACCCGAACCCCUGCGCCUCUCAGUCACGUUCUUGACAACGCGGAUUUCUUUCAGGAACCGGAGCAAUUGGAAACCACGCAGGAGAAAACUAUCGCCGAAAGUCUUGCCGAACCUAUGAUAAAUAUUGUGCAAGAAUCAGAGCAGAUGGAACUUCCCCAAGACCGGGAAGCACGAAUUCCUGCUCAACCUAAAGUAGUGGAAACUACCAUUUUGCAGGAACCAAAACAAAUGGAGACAGUCCAAGAACCAAUGAUACAAAUCCCUGUCAGACCUUUGAUAGUGGAAGGUCGCGAAACCGGAAUACCGACACCUCUUCGCGAUUCCAUUUCCGAUGACGAGAGGCAGCUAGAAAUUGAAACAACACCAGCUAGCAAAUCCUAUGCCUCGAGCAUGUCUCCAAGUCCGAGAAGGUCUCCAACUGCACAAGAGGCUCGAGGAGAUCUACCAGAGGAGUAUCUCUCUAGGCGUUCAAGAAGAGACACAGAUAAGAGAAGAAGGAAGACGUCAAUUGAAGUUGAAAAUGAGCAAGAUCUUCUACCUGCACCAAUUCAAGAGGCCUUACGAAAUAUUAUCGUCGAGCCCCGAGCUCGACGCAUCAGUCCUUCGCCAAGCCCAUCUCCGACAGCCGAACGAGCUAAACGAGCUAGAUCCAGGUCCCGUCCUCCAUCUCGUCCUGGUACUCCUGGCUUGACAAUGCUACAGGAAGAGCCAGAGGAAGAGCAUGCUCAGAAUAUUGGCAAUAGAGACAGUGCUUUUGUUAACGAUUCACCAAUUCCUUUGCAAGGCAACUUCGCCAACAAACACGAACUUGUUCGUGACAGUGCUAUCCACUUAAGAGACAAUUCGCCUUCGAUGCGUGUCAGGUCCCCAGUGUCAUCAGCCGAUGCAGCUAUUGACAGCAUGGAGUGGCCUCCAGUGGAUGAGGAUGCCGGUACGGUUGAUCUCGAGCAACCGCCACGACCUAAGGUUGUGGAGAACUUAAAACGUCAUGACCAUGGAAUUGAUGAUCUGCCAUAUCAAAGACACAGAGAAGAAGAGCACACAGAUCUACAAAGAGCACAGACAAUUCAUGGAAUGCACUCCCCUCUUGAAGGAAAGCAUAAACUCACUCGCAAAAGCUCUUUAACUCGUGGAGAGCUGGCAGAAGCGAAUCACGUAGACUUUGUCCGGUCCCAACGACUCAAGGCAUUUCAAACGAAAUCCAAAGAAAAGCUAUCUGAACCUCAUCAAGCAGAACCAAUCAACAAAUCUGUGACCCCGGAAAAGGAACAUACAAGGCAUCGUGUUCACCGUUCCGAAUUUCCAGACGCCCAUUAUCGCAAGCCGAAGGAAAACAAAUAUGGGGACCUUGAAUCUGUCAAGACUCCAAGGGCAGAACAGCGAAGUAUAUCUGAGAGCCCCCCGGCGUUGGUUGGAAGUGCAGCUCUUGCAGCGGCAGGAUUGGGAUUUGCAGCAGCAAGGAGAUCAAGUCAAGAAAGUCGACCCUUAAGUGCUCAAAGCCAUAAAAGUCAAAGACCCGCUUCAAAUAUUAGUGUUGCUCGAUUACGGACACCAGCUCCAUUAGAUGCGCCUCACCAGCCACAGUUUCCAGAUAGCGCUAGUACCAAUCGUUCGUUUACACCGCCACUCCGUCGUACCGCCCGAAAAAUUAGCGGGGAUCUAAAAUCGCUCCGUCAACAAAGUAACAUUGAUCUCGCUAAGGAAAUUGGUCCAGCCUCUCUCGAUACCGCUACAUCGACAACCUCCACAAAUUCUGCAAAUCCAACUGCAAAUGAGGGCCGAGCCAGGGCACAAGAGAUGGCUGACGUCUAUGUAAGUUGGCACAAAACUGAAGAUGAAAAAUUUUCACCACUAAUAAAAAUAAUGUAGGAUGGCUACGGUGAAGGCCAUAUGGGCUCACCAAGAUCCCCUACUCGACCUCACAGUAUGCGACGACGACAGAGUAUGCAAGUCUUGGAACUCGAAUCCAAACUCGAUCAAUUAACUGCGGAAAAUCGUGCACUCGCAGAAGCAAAAGCGCAUGCCGAACAUAUGCUGCGAUCAAGCCAAGGCGCACCUGCGGCUUUGGUAGAAAGGGAUGCAGAAAUCGAUUUACUCAAACGAACACUAUCAUCCAUGCAAGAUGAAGUCAAAAGAUUGACGGAGGUAAAUGCGGGGCUUACGAGCGCAGCUAUAACGCUGGGUCAACAACAUAAUGCACGAUAUGGCAUACUCGAAUCGCAACAUGCGCAGACUUCACGGGAACUGCAGCAAGCCCGCGAAGCUCAUCACAACCUUCAAAACGAGGUGGAAGGCAUUAUACACAAUGCUAUACAAGAAAGAGACCAAGAAAUUGCAUCAUUGCGAUCCCAAUUGGAUGUAGCUAAGGAACAAAUCCGAGCAAUGCAAAGGGAGAUUUUAGCUGCCAAAGCUGGCGACACUCAAUUCUUGACCAUUCGGGAUGAAGACUAUUUUGAUGGUGCCUGUCAACAACUCUGCCAACAUGUGCAGCAAUGGGUACUUAGAUUCUCGAAAUUCUCCGACAUGAGAGCUUGUAGACUCACGAGAGAAAUUAAUAACGACAAGACCAUUGAUCGGUUAGAUAAUGCCAUUUUAGAUGGUUCGGAUGUGGAUAACUACCUCGCAGAUAGAGUAAGGAGAAGGGAUGUCUUCAUGUCAAUGACGAUGACAAUGGUUUGGGAAUUUAUAUUCACUCGCUAUUUAUUUGGCAUGGAUCGAGAGCAGAGACAAAAGCUCAAGUCUUUGGAGAAACUGUUGUCUGAAGUUGGACCAUCAUCAGCAGUUCAUCAGUGGCGCGCAACCACUUUGACAUUGUUAUCCAAACGAGAAUCGUUUGCAAGACAGAGAGAACAAGAUACUUUGGCUGUGGUACAUGCUAUCUUAGAGACACUGACAGAAAUCUUGCCGCCACCGAGCCACCUCGAAGAUCAAAUCGAGGAACAACUCAAGCGUGUUGUUAAAGCCGCUGUCGUUCUCUCUAUCGAAAUGCGCACCCAACGCGCAGAAUACAUGAUGCUACCGCCACUCCAACCAGAAUACGAUGCCAACGGCGAUCUCGCCAGCAAAGUGUCUUUCAAUGCAGCACUCAUGAAUGAACGCAGCGGAGACACCGUCUCCAAUGAAGAACUCGAGGCACAAAAGGCUGUCGUUAGAGUUGUGCUGUUCCCACUUGUAGUGAAGAAGGGUGAUGACUUAGGACAAGGCGAUGAGGAAAUCGUGGUGUGUCCUGCUCAGGUUUUGGUUGCCAAACCGAGGAUGGGGAAAGGGCCCGUAGGCAGGGUUUAUAGUCCUGCUAGUGGGGAUGUGGAUAGGAGGAGUAGUAGUAGAACCCCGGCUAGUAUGCAGAGCAGUAUGCCUGAUACUAAUGUUAUCUGAAAAAAAUGAAAAUAACGAAAUGAUGGAUGAAGAAAUGAAUGGAGGGAGGGAUAUUAGAAGGAUAAAUAGGUGGAAUAGGAUGGGUGAUGAAAUAAUAGAUAUCCUUUGGGUUCAGGUGGUGAUGGACGAGUUGGAUCAUAUGUUUUAAUAUUUUUCUUUGUUUUCCUUUUUUAUCUUCGACGAUUUCCCGAUUUAUUUUGAUGAUGAUUGAUGAUGCUAUGCAUUUAGCGAAUCUCCAGCUACGGCUACGAUUUUUCUUUUCAUAUCGCAGGGAAAAGGAUAUCCAUAUUUUAACGACGAUCAUGACCAGAUUGUAGGAUUAGAUGACCUUUAUUUACUCGGCUUAGUUUAUGAAAUUAAAUGCAAAACCAAUUAAAUUUGAUUUUAAUCUUCAAUACGAUUUAUUUGAGUGAUGUUCUCGUUCGUCUAGGUGAAGUUGUAAAAUGAUCAAUACUCAUGUACCAACACAAGGCUAAUUCCAGCAUAGUCUAUCCUUCAACUUACUCACUGCCAGUCAGUGACUCGGUGAAGAUUCCCCACUUACUUACUUCCUUUCCGCAGAAAUGUAAUCAAAAUCAAAAAGGACAAAAGAAUAUAUGAAAAAGAGGUACUGGCUCGACACUUUACCUGUCACCCCACUACUCACAUCUUUGAAUCUGAAGCGUUGUUUCUGGCAGCGUGGACUAUACGUGUCAUUUUUCUUCAGUCUUUGAUGAUAUGUCGGGGAGAAAGAGGUUUCUAAGAUUAUGUAUGAUUGGAAGAUGGAGGAUUGCGGGUGAGAAGAAGACGAAUCAAGAGAGGGAAGGGGGAGGAGUGGACUUGGGGCCUUUGAUUAAAUGAACCAGUUGUUCUGGGGUUGAUAAGAGGAAAUGGAUGUGUCUAAGGGAGGAGAAGGAGAACAUUUUAAGCUUGAUGGUGGAAGAUGGAGAAUAACAUGGGAAAUGAGGAUGGAAAUGAAAGAGGGGGAAAAUGGUGUUCGAGAAAAGAUUCUCUGUGUUGAACCUAGAUCACUCGUUCUAUAAAAACUCAUUUGAGAUAUUGAUAGUAUGAUCUUGAUCACAGUCUAUACUGACUUAGUUUGAGAUGCACAUUACAGUAUUAGGUUCAGAUAUCAUUAAAGAGUAGUACUUGGUUUGAUGAGGGAGUAAGAAUACGAUAUUGUGAUAGGAGACAAGGACAAGACAAGAAUGAGAAUCAGAGCUCCUAUAAAUAAAGCAAGGGUAAGUAAUAAUAGUACGAGGUUCAAGUAAUUUGCAAAGAUACAGCGGUCACUUUGUUUAUCCCACCUCAAGAUAUUCAUCGAGGAAAAAUAUGUUGAUUUAAAAUCGAAUACUGACUGACGUCCGAUUAUAAGGAUGUCAAGAGUUCAGAUCUACUCGGCAUAGGUAUCUACAAUGUAAUCUAUACUCAUAAUCUGCGAAGUAGAAUAGAAUAGAAUGAUGUUUGUAACUAUAUGAGUAUCUCAACUCAAUAUUGAUGUCAAUCACCGAACUAAUCAGCAUCAAUCCAUAUCAUCAUCAAGUCAAAAAACCGCCGAAAGAAGUCCAUCUUCUAGAAAUAUUAAAUGGAUCUCACAAAAACAACUGUAAAUCCUCAAACCUCAUCUCAUGAUUCUUCUAGACCAUACGCAGAAUCACACUUGUGUCUUAUCCCUAUCCUAUCUGUAGCCUUGCGAGGUUUGCAUCUAAUUCUGUGUCAGAGUAAGAGAGGGGGAUAGAGAGAGAGAAAGAGAGAAAGAGAGAAAGAAACUUAAAUUAAGAUCUUAAUUAAAAACAUUGCAAAAAGAGAUAUAUAUAUAUAUAUUAUAUAGUACAAUAAUACUAUAUAAAAUAUUUAUUUUAUCAAUUAUAAAUAAAUAUAAUAUUAUAUUUAUAUUAAAUUAUUUUUAUUAAUUUUAUAUAUUUUAUAAUAUUAAAUCUUUUAUUUAUUAUUUGAUUACUUUUAUUAAAUAUUUAACAUCUAAUAAAAUAUCGCUUAUAUAUAAUAUUAAAUUUUAUAUAAUUAUAUUUAUUCAAAUUAGUUUUAUUUAAAUUAUUUAUAUUUAAAUUAUUUUUGAAUAUUUAAAUUUCAAAAUAAAAAGUAAAGUUUUUUU